AAAUGCCUGAGGUCAAGAAGACUGUUACAUUAGUUUAUACAUAAAUUCAGCCCCACUUUAUAUUGCUUCGCAUGAAUUUUUGUACUCUGCCUAUUAUCACUGCUGGUUGUGAACAAUAAACCGUUAAAACUUGGACAGAACUCGACCAGUGAAUGUGAUUGCCGUCAAAGGAUAACAAGAAUCAUGAAGGGGGAUAAAGAGUCAAUUAUGAACUGUGAAGUGCAGAACGAAUUUUCGGAUACUGAAGAGGACGGCUACGUGAAACGAAUUCUUUCGCAUUCAAGAUCGUCGCUCGAAAGUGAUGCAAUGUCGAUUUCUGGUGGCGUGAAGGAGAGCGACAUUUUGGAGACGUCUCGGAAAUCAGGAGAUUAUCGCGACACUCUGACACCUAACGAUAAAGAAAAGACGAACGGGAUUGACGCAAUGAAAUCGUCAUCGGCAACCAAAACGUACGACAGAGAGGCGAUACUCCGCAAGCUCGCAGGUGACAAGUGCUUGAGAAAAUAUCUUUUGAACAGCGCCAGAGAAGCGCAGGCGAAGAUCGAGACUCCGGAGACGAAGACGUUCGAGAAGUCCGAAGACGAACGCCUGGAAUCGGUUGUCGAAGAGUUGCGAGAAUUUUUAAAGGCAAUACCGGACGGACUACUGCACAUGAUGACGGGAAUGUCUCGUCCCGGAGACUGCGGAAGACCCGCUGACCGGAAGCCCGACUGGCUUGACAUGGAAAAACUACGGCGCGGUCAGAAAUUUGCUCGGGACCACAAUUUCUCACUAUACCUUGCCGAGAUGCUGUCCCUGAUGUGCACGUACACAUUUCAAGACACACUCAAGCUGAUGAUUCUGACUGGAAAGACCAGCACACGUUUUACGGCCAUGAAAAGGUGGGCAUCCGCGGCGAUACGGUUUCAUCACUGGUACUGUUACGAUCCCUGGUCCAAAGGAACGAAAGCUUGGAAGGAUAUUUUGGCUGUUAGAGCGUCCCACGCUGCCGUAAAACACAUGGUGGAUGCUUCCACAACCGAAGAAACGGACAACGCGGUAAAAAUUCCAAACCUGUCGUGUCCGUCGCGUGACAUGUUGCUGAAAGAUUUUUCCGAGGCUUGUGAAACCCCUGCGGUCGGUCAGUGUCCUUUUCUGGUGAAGCCGAACGAUCCUGAUCGACCCAAGGGUUUCAAUCAGUUUGAAAUGUCGUUCACGCAAUGGCAACUUGUUGGAUUGGUCAUCUGCUACCCUCAGUAUUUCGGAAUUCAUGACGCGACGGAAGAAGAUCUUGACGCUUAUUGUCAUUUGUGGAGAAGCAUCGGCUACCAGCUGGGAGCGGAAGAUGAGUACAACUUUUGUCGUGGCACUCUCCACGAAAUUCAACAAUUGAGUCAUGAUUUUCUCGAUGUUUGGGUGAAGCCCAAUUUGCGAGAAGUGACCCCUGAGUGGGAGCACAUGACGAGAUGUGUAUUCGAUGGUUUCAAACUCAUUUUACCGUACAUCAGCUUCGAAACUUCCGUUCUUUUCGUUUGCGAAAUCCUUGGUCUGAAAAUGCCGCGGCUCUACUCGUCGCUAUCUUACAAAGCAUGGAUCAACCACUGUCUUAUGAAAUCUUUCAUUUACUACGGGAUGAAACUCUCGAUGGUUGUCGAUUUCGUCAAUACCAAGCUGCAACGAUUUUUGGAUCUAGGUGAAAGACUCCGCCCCUCGGGUUGGGAGAAGAUACGAAUUAAGUUUGAAGGAUAAUUCGGUUAUCCGUUUAAUUUUCAACCAAAUUCAUUGUUUUAUUAUUGUUAGCAAUAAGGAUAUACUUAUCAUACUCAAUGAGACCGGCGCUGAUAGGGAAAACUUGUCAGAUGGACACACAUGGCAGUACCAAACUUCAUAAAAUUCAAACCUACUUAAUAAUAACUUUUAUCCUGAAGCCAUUCUAGCCUCCCUUUUUCGUCGAGUAGGAGAGGCAACAAGUAUAUCUGAAGGCUUGCGUGCUUGUGGGUAACGACUGUCUUUAAAGGAACUAGAUACACCUCAACUUGGAGUAAUGAACCAAUUCCUAAUAAUAAUGCCUCUCAUUCGAAGCAAAGUUGUUGGUUCAGAAUUUGACAAAUAGUUGUUCACUUUACCGUAAAGAAUUGUACUGUACGAGACAAAUGUUGCGAGGCCUUGUGGUAAUAAAAAAACAAUCUAAACUCGUAUACCUACGUAAUAACAAUAACAAAUUCAGUAGAAUGCACAGAAAGUAAGAAUUUGUUGAAUUCGUCAAAAGAAUUGAUCUAAAAUAAUAUUAUUAUUCAAGAAGAUUUUUUUUUUGCCUGGUCCAAUACAUUAAGAUUGGCUUUAGAGUAAAUAAACGACAAUCCUACACGUAAAUACAUAUGUUUGUUACAUAAGGUUAAUUAAGAAAGCGAACAUUAAAUUUUCACGGGAUUUCGAUUAAUAAAUGGAUGUCAGGGGAAUAUGUGUACACUUAAUCAAGCAAG